AUGGCUCAACUAGUAUAUACUGGAUUUUUGGCUGUGCUCUUAUGUGCAUGUCUAUCUAAGGGUACAGCUUUGGAGCAUAGGCAACAUAGAGGAGGGGGUUAUGUGCCAGGAAAAAUUGAUCCUUCAGAAAAAGACUUGCUUGAGUUUCCUCUAAACUUGGAGUAUUUGGAGGCCGAGUUCUUUCUUUUUGGGUCUCUUGGCUAUGGACUGGAUAAAGCUGCACCAGAGCUGCCAGAAGGUGGACCUCCACCCAUUGGAGGCAAGAAAGCCAAUCUCGACCCUGUCACAUACAAUGUAAUACUUGAAUUUGCUUACCAGGAAGUUGGUCAUCUAAGGGCCAUCAAGGCAACUGUACCGGGAUUUCCUCGACCUCAACUGGAUCUUAGUGCUGAAGUAUUUGCCAACACCAUAGAUGCUGCAUUCCAGACCAAGUUGAAUCCUCCAUUUGAUCCUUAUCUGAACUCUUUAAAUUACCUGCUUGCCAGUUAUCUGGUUCCUUAUGUUGGGCUCACCGGCUACGUUGGCACCAAUCCCAACCUCAUAUCUCCAAAUGCAAAGCGGCUUCUUGCAGGGCUUCUUGGAGUGGAAUCCGGGCAGGAUGCAGUGAUACGAGCCUUGUUAUUCAAGAGGUUAAAUGAGAAGGUGGAGCCAUAUCCAUACACAGUGGCAGAAUUCACACGCAAGCUUUCCAUGCUGAGAAACUCGCUAGGGCACACUCCGAGUGUGGACGAAGGUCUGGUGGUGGAAAGACAGCAUGGAGCAGAAGGAAAAGUGACGGGCAACAUUCUUGCAGGUGAUGAGUACUCGGUGGCGUAUGCACGAACCCCCGAACAAAUCCUGAGGAUUGUUUACUCUACUGGCAAUGAAUCGAUUCCCGGAGGAAUCUACCCUCGUGGUGGGAAUGGAAAGAUUGCUCGCUCCCACAUUCAUCGCCAUCUGUUUUAGGAAAAACUCCCACAUUCAUUG